GUCUUUGUAAUUUUUGAAAAACAUUCAUCCUUGUUUUCCUUUUGUUUAGAUUUUUUUUUUCUUUUACAUUGGCACAGACCUUUGUUUAAAAUAAAAAUAUAUUGUUUUUCAAAUUCGCAGACAUCUUUGUUUUAAACCAAGUUAAUGUUUUAGCAUUCACACUGGUCUUUGUUUUAAAUGAGGUACUUUUUUUUUUACAUUCUUACUCAUCUCGGUUUAAACCAGGGGUGUCAAACGUACGGCCCGCGGGCUGGAUCAGGCCUGCGAAGAGGUUUUAUCCGGCCCGCGGGAUGAGUUUGCCAAGUAUAAAAAUGAGCCAACAUUUGUUUUAUAAAAGAAACUGCUGUUCUAUAUGUGUCCACUAGAUGUCGCGAUAGCAAUUAUUUGCUACAUAUAUUUAAAAAAUAAACCACGUGAUGUUGUGUACCUGUCGAGAAAAUUCAGCAAACUACAUAAAUAACAUCCUGUAAUUUGAUUUUGAUAUUAUUUUUUUAUCUUGCUAGAUUGAAAAUUAACACCAAUGAGUUGACUGAUGAACAUUAUCACAUAAUUUAUUUAGAAAGUAUAAAUAACGACAAAUAAAGAUAGAAUACUAUUAACUGCAACAUGUAAGUGUAAAAAAAACUAAACAACAACAUUAUGAUUUGUACAUUUUCAGAAUGUGCUUGUCCAAUUUUUAAACAGAGAAAACAAUCUUAAGUUGUCUUUAUUUUUAAGUUAUCGUGCCGGGAUUUUACCAGUCCGGCCUACUUGGCAGUAGAGUAAACACUCAUUCACAAUGAGAGCUCCAUUGCUGACAAUGUUUCUUGUUGCUAAACACGGGAAGUCAGCAGCAGCCCUGCAGGGGGGGGGCACUCUGUGCUUUCUCCCUAAUUGAAAACAACCCAAGUCUUUAAGCUCGUUUGUGCAGAUUUAAGAUUACUGUCUGAACAGUAGCCCCGCCCCCCCGACUUCAACCUGUGCACGUGCAUCAGUAUGUGUGACUAGAAUGGAUUUAACAAUGUACAGAAGCACCUGUUGAACUUGCAGCUGAGAUGCCUCGCCAUGAGAAACGAGUCCUACCCAGAAUGCCGAGCUCAGGAGUUGUUUGACGACUUUGUGUCAGCAUCUACCUGCAGGGCAGCGCUACACACCUUCUGCCAGAUGUGUCAACAUCUUCAACUGGAUAGCAGCAAAGCUGAGCGGCCGCUCUACCGCACGCUCAAGCAGCGCCUGAGCUAUUGGAAGGCCAACGCUCUUUGGGCCAAAUUGGACCGUAGAGCUUCUCAGGAAGAGUACCUGCGAAACCAAGCCUGCCGCAACGCCACGUGUGUAGUCAUCGGGGCGGGGCCGUGCGGCUUGCGUACGGCGGUGGAGUUGAGCUUCCUGGGCGCUCGCGUGGUUGUGCUGGAGAAGCGGGACUCCUUCUCCAGGAACAACGUGCUUCACCUCUGGCCCUUCACCAUCCACGACCUCCGUGGCCUCGGUGCCAAAAAGUUCUAUGGAAAGUUCUGCGCCGGCUCCAUUGACCAUAUCAGUGAGUGCGUUACUCGUCACCUGUGUUGUGUUUGCACAUCUGAGUGGGCGGAGUUAAGUUUGGCGUCUCCAGGUAUCCGCCAACUGCAGCUGGUUCUGCUGAAGGUGGCGCUGUUGCUGGGGGUGGAAAUUCAUGUCAACGUGGAGUUCAAACGCGUGGUGGAACCGCCGGACCAACAACACAAGGUGGGCUGGACCAUGGAGGCGUGGCCAAAGCGUCAUCCUGUCAAUCAGCUGCAGUUCCACGUCAUCAUCGGAGCAGACGGUCGUCGGAACACCCUCCCAGGUUUUCGCCGUAAAGAAUUCCGCGGGAAACUCGCCAUAGCCAUCACGGCCAACUUUAAAAACCACAACAGCCGUGCUGAAGCCAAAGUGGAGGAGAUCAGCGGCGUGGCGUCCAUCUUUAACCAGAGGUUCUUCCAGGACCUGCGACAGGAAACUGGCAUCGACCUGGAGAACAUCGUGUACUACAAAGACGACACGCACUACUUCGUGAUGACGGCUAAGAAACACAGCCUACUCGAUAAACGAGUCAUUUUGCAGGACUUUGCGGACACGGAGCAGCUUCUGUCCCGGAGCAACGUGGACCAGAAUGCGUUGCAGGCCUUUGCCCGCACAGCCGCCAACUUCUCCACCAGUCAUCAACUUCCGUCUUUGGACUUCGCCAUUAACCACUACGGACAGCCGGACGUGGCCAUGUUCGACUUCACCUCCAUGUACGCGGCAGAGAACGCCGCCAUGGUCUGGUGUCGCCACGGCCACCAGUUGCUGGUCACGCUGGUGGGAGACAGCUUGCUGGAGCCCUUCUGGCCAAUGGGAACGGGCGUGGCUCGUGGCUUCCUGGCCGCCCUUGAUGCGUCUUGGAUGAUCCGGCGAUGGUGUCGGGGGAAUUCUCCUCUGGACGUGCUCGCCGAGAGAGAGAGCGUGUAUCGUUUGUUGGCUCAGACCACACCAGAGAACAUGCAGAAGAACUUUUCUUCGUACUCUUUGGACCCGUCCAGCCGAUACGUCAACGUGUGUCAGAGCGUCACGCCGACUCAGGUGAGACACUUGAUUGACACAGGAGAAGAGGCGGGGCAAAACCCAGAAUUUGAUGACAUUGUCGGCGUAUCGCCAUGGAGACAAGAGUCCUUGUCCGAGUCCAGGCAGCUGCUGGCGUGGUGUCGGGAGCAGACGCGAGGUUACCCUGGCGUUGCCGUGAGCGACCUGACCACAUCCUGGAAGAGCGGCGUGGCUCUGUGUGCACUGGUCCACCGCUACAGACCAGACCUCAUAGACUUUGGCGCCCUCAACCCCACGGCGAAGGAAGAAAACAUUCGCUUGGCCUUUGAUGUGUGCGAGCGAGAGUUUGGAAUUUCCCCCCUAAUGACAGUGGAGGAAAUGUGCUCUGAAGGAGAACCGGACUCUCUGUCCAUGGUCAUGUACCUCAGCCAGUUCUACCAGAAGCUGCCAGAUACCCCCAACUCUUUGGGGUCUCAGAGUUCAGAGGUCAGAACUGCUGUGGUCACUCCCACCGCCGUCCUCUGCAGACGAUCAAAGGCAUGUGAUAUCGCUGAGAAGUGCCUGGUCGGCAGCUCCCGAGUGCGUCUGAUGGCCGACCUGCUGCAGGCCAAGCUGGACCAGAACCAUAAGCAGAACCAGGACAGUCCAUCUGAGGUCGCGCCGCAGGGGGAGACUGCAAGUGAUCUCUCGCCCCCCAAGGAGGCUUCGGAUGUUCUGGUCCAUCCGUCGUCAUGGAUACAGAACAAACGGACGCAGCAGCAGCAACAGUUAAGUUUUCGCUUCAAACAGAAACUCAACUCUCAGCUUGACACGGACCACAAAGAACAGGGGUCGUGUGCCAGCGACGUGUGUUUCUUCUGUCGGCAGAAAGUUUACGUGAUGGAGCGUCUGAGCGCCGAAGGUGUUUUCUUCCAUAGAAGUUGUUUUGUGUGCCACUCGUGUGACGGCACGCUGAGACUUGCCGCCUACCGUUACCACGCCCCCAGCGGUAAGUUUUUCUGUCCGCAGCACUGCGAUCCCUCGACUCCUCCCAGCGAUCCCUCGACUCCUCCCAGCCCGUCUGCGGGGAAGAAGCCAAGGACGUCACUUGACAGAGCGUCGUGCCCGCGGACUUCUUGUACGUCGCUGCUCUCCUCGGCAGACUCCCACGUCUCCAUGGCGACAGAGUGCAGACGCUCGUCAGUUUUUUCAGUGAUGUCAUUGACGCCAGAGAGAAUUGAAGUAGAAAACGAUCAGGCGGAGCUCGCUGCUGAGAUCUCUGAGGAGACGUUGGCGUGCUUCAACUUGGGUGCACUUGAAGACGUGCAGACAAGCAGGUCUGAAUGGGGGGUGGAGGCCUCGACCCGUGGCCCUCGUCAUCCUUUAACCGCACAGACGUCCAAACCGGCCUGGAGGGAUGAGCUACAGAAAAACUUUCAGCUGAUAGGCUGCGAGGUGGAGGAGGAGGAAGAGGAGGACGAUGAAUAUGAGGAUGAUGAGGAGGACGACGAUGACGAAGACGACACAGGCUGUGAGGAAGUCGUGAAUGAAGAUGAUGAUGGCCAUAUGGCUGACACAAGUGAUGUCACUUCUUCCGACGCCUUCUCCACUGCUGAGACUUCCUCCACCGCCUCCUUCAUCACCAAACUUGACUCCGCCUCCUCCACCUGUUCACCCAGCUCUUGUAAGAAAGAAGCCCCGCCCAUCGAGGUUGUCCAUUCAGUGUGUCCUCCCCAGAGAUCUUUUGAUGACAUCAAUCUGUCACUGAGGAAGCUCCGCCUCCUGCAAGACAAACGUGAAGUGGAUAUAGAGUGGGCGGAGCCGGAAGAGACAGGAAGCAGCCAACAAACGCACAACCGACGCCAUCGCUAUCUCAAAGGUCUAGCCGAGGCUCCGCCUCCUUCUGCUUGGCGGAAAGGAGGAGGAGGCGGAGCCAGGGCGCUGUGGAAUGCAGUGUUUGCCAGAAAGAGAAACAAGCGGAAUGAGGGCGGAGCCUCACUGCCAGCUGCCAACGAGAAGAAAGAUGAAGAAGCUCUCACUUUGAUGGACGCAUGCGACCUUGACUCAUCCACUAUCCAACACAGAUGCUCACUGGGGCCAAGAAACAACCUCCACUUGGAGACCAUCGACAUGACCAGAAACUUGCAACAAAUAUCAGUGAAAGACCAGCAGACAGCACAGCCUGCAUACGUUCCUCACGCGCUGGCUUUCAAACCAGCCAUUCCCAUUCAGUUUGCGCCGGAACGUUGCUCAAAAAGCAAAACUACGCUGCAGGAUUCUGAUGGACGGUCUUCCUGCGUGACGGAAGUGGUGGGGGUCCUCGUGGACCCGAAGGAGCUGUCGAGUUUGAGCGUGACGGAGACCCUGUUCCAGAGGGAACAUGAGCGUGAGCAUGCACACCCGGGCACCAGAGUCUGCCGUCGGGCUCAAGGGACAACUCGGAGACGAGCAAAGCAGAAGGAACUGAAGAGACUCCACAAAGCGCAGCUGAUCCAGAGACAGUUGCAGCUGGUUGAGGAGGAGCAGCGAUGUCUGGAGGCCAAAGGAGUGACAGUGGAGAGACUUCUGAGAGGAGAAGGACUCCAUGAGAGCCCCGAUCUCAUGAAGCACUGGUUCCACUUGGUCCAGCAGAAGAACGUUCUUGUUCGAUACGAAUCUGAACUUAUGAUUUUUGCACGAGACCUGCAGCUGGAAGAUCAACAGAAUCGCCUGCAGCAGGAACUCCGUGACAGGAUGGCAGUGCAAGACCACCUGAAGGAGGAGGCUGAGCUGCUGGAAGAGCGUGAAACCCUGGAGGAGAUGUUAGAGGUGGUGGAGCAGAGAAGGGCCCUGGUACCCUUGCUGGAGGAGCAGCGACUGCUGGACCUUCAGGAAGACCAAAACCUGAAGGACGUGAUGAUUUCCCGGGGAAUUGGCCUUGACUGGGCCUGACUGACUUUCCAGAGAUUUGUACUGGCAUUGUACCUGCAACAGAAUCUGUGGACCUAGUCUGAAAAAAAAGACUACCUUAUGGAGUUGGGGGGGUUUCAACUCAUCUGUCAGCUGGUUCUAAACGGAAUUAUCUAAAAUAUUGGCUUGCAAAAACUGCUUAGCCAUUGUCUUCUGAAAUGUAAUUCUAUAAAGAUCAUGAACAGUU